CUAAAUAUUUUUUCAGAGUUGAACAAAUGUUCAAGUUCCUCGGGAGAAAGUCUACAAGGAUUUGUAGAAGGUUUCCACAAAUGUUUGCAAUAGUUUUUGGGGUCAUCAACAAUUGUGCCAUGUGAUUAUUUAUUUAUUUAUUGUGAUAUGAACUAAAUUUCUGCCUUUUCAAAUGGAGACCGUUGGAAUUUUCGCUUUUGUUUGUCCUUGAAUGCAUCACCACCACCGGGAGAUUAAAGUUAUUGUUUAAAAUCGAGCAAGAAAAGAACCUGGAUUAUAAAGUUCAAAAUUUUAAAGGCAAUAAAAGUAUCUGAGUCGCAGCUGCAGCUGAAGGAGAAGAGAGAGGAGCCAUUCCCCGCCAAUCAUGGCGUAAAGCUGCAGGAGACGUGAGUGUUUGUGUUGGCUGAGCGUAGCGUCUGCUUAACGUUAACGUGAGACGCUGUGUUCCUUCCACACGUUGGACUGAAGUGAGUCUCUGACGACUAAAGUGUGUUCCACCUCCCCACGUGUGGCUGACUGUAAAACUUCAAGGAGAGGAGAAAGCCUGCGCAGCAGGGGACAGGAACCCCCGCCGCUUCCUCGCUCACAUAUUCCAUUGACCCGAACCGCAGGCUUCGUGGAUGGACGAUGAUAUCCCGGUUGAUUGGCUGCUCUGAGCAUGCGAGUGAUUCUGCCACCAUGGAGGCCGUUUCCAUGCAGAGCCUUUGACUCCCAGCACUGCGCGUGUCUUUGGCUUAGCAAGACAAGCUUAGGAUGGAAGACCCGCCAGCGGCUGCUUUGAGAAACUGUAACACCCUCCCCGUGCCACCCCAGAAGCACGCACGCUGACCAGGUGGGGCCAACAGCUGACCAAAUUCCAGGAUGUUUGUGAACUUCCGACACAUGCGAAAAUGUAAGCUAGUGAAGCUGAUGACCAGCUGCCUGCUGCUGUCGGUGGUAAUGAUCUGCUGGGAGCAGCUGGACUUAAUCGUGGUCAGCCACGUCAGGUCCUACUCCUUCCGCUACCUGGUCAACAGCUUCACCUACAUUAACAGGAGCCUCACCAUUCCUCGCGAGCAGGCCAGAAGCUUUAGCAACUUUCCCUACCUGCUGGACCACCCCGACAAGUGCGCCGGCAAGGACGUCCUCCUCCUCGUCUUUGUAAAGUCCUUCCCUGAGAACACUGAGAGGCGAAACGCUAUCAGGUCCACCUGGGGCAACGAGACCUACAUCCAAAACACGCUGGGGGUGGCCGUCAAGGUGGUGUUCGCCUUGGGAGCCAUCGGGACUGAGAAGGGCGAGCCUUUCUGGAGCAAAAAGAGCAACGGCAGCUUCCAGGAGCAGCUCGUUCAGGAGGACCAAACCUACAGCGACCUGAUCCAGAAGAACUUUUUGGACUCCUUCCACAAUCUGACCCUCAAGCUCAUCCUGCAGUUCCACUGGAUGCACAGCCGCUGCGCCCACGCCCGCUUCUUCAUGACCGCCGACGACGACGUCUUCGUCCACAUGCCCAACCUGGUGAGCUACCUGCUGGAGGCCAGCCGCAAGGGCGUGGCCAACUUCUGGAUCGGCCGGGUGCACGUCGGGGCGCCGCCCAUCCGCAGCAGGGGAAGCAAGUACUACGUGUCCUACGAGACGUACCAGUGGUCAUCUUACCCCGAUUACACGGCCGGCGCCGGCUACGUCAUCUCCAGUGACGUAGCGGAUAAAAUCUACCACGCCACGCUGACCCUGAACGCCUCCAUCCACAUAGACGACGUGUUCAUGGGCAUCUGCGCCAACGCCGUCGGCGUGUCGCCGCAGAGGCACGUCUAUUUCUCAGGGGAGGGCAAGGCGCCGUACCACCCGUGCAUCUACAGUCAGAUGAUGACCUCCCACGGCCACGUGGAAGACAUCCAUGAGCUGUGGAGGGCGGCCACGCACCCGGAGGUGAGGCGGAGGACCUCAGGGCUGCUUGGGAAGCUGUAUUGUGCAGCUGUGAGAGCAGCUCUCCUCUGCAAACCCAACUUUGUCGACACCUACCCUUGCAGAGCUGCAUUUUUAUAAUCUUAAGAGCAAAGAAGCGUGUACGUUCAUGCAGACGAUGACGUUAGGUUCAUUUUGGGAAGUUUUACCUCAGUCCUUUCAGUAGGACCUCUACCCCCGUAGUCCUAUGUUUACUGCUCAAGAGGCCAGAGAGACCAGGUUGUUUCGGCGCCGUCAGCGUGAGACCUCCAACAUGUCUGUGUAGCGUAGUCGUGGCUGUUUUAGAUAUAGGCAUUGAGCGCUGACCACAGAAUGUGAAAUAAAGCUUCUGCAAAGACGUGU